AACAUUAGCACAAUAACGGUCAUUAAGUAUUUAAUGUCUUUAUAAUAACUGUAACCUCUAUCUACAAUGAUAAUUUUACUCAUAAUUGUGGCCCUUGUUUUGGCCCUGUUUUUAAAACCUUUGGGGCACUACAUCUCCAUAAUAAAAUAUGUACAACAACUGCCCGGUCCCCCGUGCGAAAAUUUCCUCCAUGGUAAUAUCACUCACCUAUAUGGACCCCCAGAAAAAAUGUUUAAAACUGUGCGUAAAUGGGGCUUGGAAUAUUACCCAAUUUACCAGAACUGGAUCGCUCACGUCGCCGUUGCCAAUGUGAUGAAUCCGUACGAUUUUGAGACGAUUUUGUCAAAUAUGAAACAUACCAGCAAAAGCAUGAUCUAUGACAUGUUGCACUGUUGGUUGGGUACCGGUUUAUUGACCAGUGAUGGAAUCAAAUGGCAAACAAGGCGAAAAAUUCUAACACCGGCCUUUCAUUUUAACAUUUUGCAAGAAUUUAUAAAAAUAUUCAACGAAGAAACGGAAACACUGGUCCAACAAUUAAAAAAACAUUCAAAUUCAAGCGUUGAUGUGACUGAAUACAUCUCAGCGUUUACCCUAAAUACUAUCGGAGAAACUGCAAUGGGUACCAGUUUUGGUACCGAAACUUCUACUGGACGCGAAUAUAAAAAGUCAAUCCAAGAAAUUGGUGAAAUAUUGAAGUAUAAGUUACUCCGGCCUUGGCUUUUGAGCAAGUUUGUCUAUGUCUGUGAUCCCAAUUACUGGAAGGAGAUAAAACUAGUCAAAAUUUUGCACAAUUUCACUAAUAACGUGAUUGCAAAUCGCCAAAGUAAUUUUAAACCGGUUGAGCAAAAAUCAGAUGAGUUUUCCUACUCCAGAAGAAAGCGUAUGGCAAUGCUUGAUUUGUUACUAACUGCAAAAAAUGAGGAUAAUUUGAUUGAUGAUGAAGGUAUUAGGGAGGAAGUCGAUACUUUUAUGUUUGAAGGCCACGACACGACCGCUGUUGCUAUUUGUUUUGCGUUAAUGUGUAUUGCCUGCCAUCCUGAUAUUCAGGAACGCAUUUUCGAAGAAAUUGAAGAAACGUUUUCUGAUGACACCAAACCGGAUUAUAAAUCACUCCAAGAGUUAAAGUACAUGGAAAGAUGUAUUAAAGAAGUACUCAGAUUGUACCCCAGUGUACCUUUCAUCGCGCGAUCUCUGGGCGAGGAUAUUGUGACUUACAGUGGUCAUAAAUUGAAAGCUGGUUCAAUGGUGCAUUUGCACAUCUAUGAUAUGCACCACAACCCUCAGGUUUACCCUGAUCCAGAGAAAUUUGAUCCUGAUCGGUUCCUUCCAGAGAACUGUCUCAAGAGACAUAACUUCGCCUAUGUUCCGUUUAGUGCAGGACCAAGAAAUUGUAUAGGCCAGAAGUUUGCAAUUUUGGAAAUGAAAGCUGUCCUUGUUGGAAUUUUGAAGGAGUUUACUUUAGAACCUGUAGACUGUAGAUACACCUGAGACUUUAGUCAUGAAAACUGAUCUAGUUUUGAGAGCCAUGAAUGGAGUUAGGGUGAAAUUUGUCCCAAGAAUAUGUGCUAAAUAAAAAAUUCUCAAUUA